CUGUCAUUGUUUUCGUUUUGUCUCGAAUGUGAUAAGAUAACAAAUUUAUUUAAUUUAAUGGACAUUUGCCCAGACGAACAAUAGAAAAGAUGGGGAGCAUGUACGACAAACUGGAGGAUAAUGUCCACGGGCGGAUUGCAGAUGAGUUGUCCAGCCGCCAAGGAUACGGGAAAUCCGGCCUGCGUACUUUGAUCUGCUGGAUUGCUUUGUUGUUGUCGCUUUUGUUGUGCCUUUCCGUGGGUUUUAUCUGCCAUGGAUUGAUGGGUCUCCAGUCGCAUGGAUUGGGGCAAGUGGAGCAGCGAUUGGUGUGCUAUUAUGCCAGCGAUGGCACAUAUAAUCUUAGCCUGCUGGAUGUUCCCGGUGAUCUGUGCACCCACAUUAAUAUCGGGCCCGCCAGUUUGGAUAAUGCCACAAUAGUUUUGCCCAAAUCCCUGAUCCAGGUGCUGCAGUAUGACAGCCGAUCCUAUCGCACGGCCCAUCCACAGGUACACCUGCUCCUGUGGAUCGGAGGAGCCGACAGCGGGCGACAAUUUGCCCGCAUGGUGGUGAAUCAUGCGAUGCGAAAGGUGUUCCUGCGUUCCCUUCGCCAAAUAAUGCGCACCUAUCCCAGUUUGGAUGGCAUCGAUCUGGACUGGGAGUUUCCCAGUGCCUAUGACCGCGAACGAAUGCAUCUGUCGCAGCUGCUCCACGAGAUCAGGAUGGAGUGGCAGCGCGAGAAGCGGACCAACGACAUACUCUCGCUGGCGGUGGCUGCUCCCGAGGGCAUCGCCCUCUAUGCCUAUGACAUCCGGGAGCUGAAUCUGUAUGCGGACUAUGUGAAUCUGAUGGCCUACGACUUUCACUUUUACCGCAAGGACAUGCCCUUUACGGGCCUCAAUGCUCCGCUCUAUGCCCGCGCCCAGGAACGAUCCCUGAUGGGCACAUUCAACAUCAACUAUACGGUGCAAUGGUGGCUCCGGAGCGGUCUGGAGCCACAUAGAUUGGUGGUGGGUCUGCCCACCUAUGGACACUCCUUCACCUUGGUCAAUCCCUUGAAUCAGAGGAUAGGAGCGCCUGCAUCGGCUUAUGGGAAAUGUGGCCAACUGGGCUUCACCACGCUGUCGGAGACCUGCGAAUGCGCCUCCAAAUACUACAAGCCCAGUCUCCACUACGAUGCUGGCACCUGUUCACCCUACUUGGCCGCCCUGCAAGAGUGGAUAUCCUAUGAGAACCAAACGAGCAUCGCCUGCAAGGCCAACUAUGUCAAGUCCCUCAAUUUGGGUGGCGUUAUGGUCUUCUCCCUCAACACUGAUGACCUCAGGAACGUGUGUGGCUAUAUGCCAAACACUCAAAAAAAACUCCAAAAUCAGAAGCCCGUAUUUCCUCUAACACAGGCCAUUAAAGACAUCCUAAGGGAAUCGCUGUGAUUACUCGGUAUUAAAUGAGCAUGAACCUUAAAUGUUUCGUACAUAGUCAUAGACAAUAGCUUUAUUAAUUUAAGUACAAAUUAAAUUGUCACAAUCGAUCGAUUUAUAAUAUAGCUACAACAUGUCAACACAUGCAAAACCAA